AUGUCUCAACAAAAACAUAAAAGUGAUGAGGCUAUCGUCACAAAUACUUAUGGAGUUGUUCCUAAUGUACCCUAUAAAACUGUAGCUCUUCCAUCCAACUAUGGUGGUUGGGGAAAGAUAAAUCAAAAAAAUAAUGGAUACGGAUUUGCUGUUGCUUUAUAUGAUCCAACUGCCGAUAAAAUUUACCUAGAUACGGAAUGUGGAGCUAAUGGUUAUGCUUGUUAUGCUGUUGACACUGUUGCCAAAGGACCUAGCACCAAAGUUUGUAUCAUCAUUAUAAACCCUACGCAAAACAACUUGAUUCUUAAUGUCGUUGCUACCUUCACUGCUGAGAGCCCCUUCAUCUCCAACGAUCUCAAUUCAAAUCCAAGCUUCUCCAAUUUUGCGGUCUUAGAUACCCCCCUUAACGAAACAAUAACUCUCGACUAUAAGAGCUACAUUACAACUGCUCAAUUGAGCAAAAGAUAUUAUAGAGAUUAA